ACGCAUGCGCGCCACUAGCCAAUCGAAUCUCGUCCGAUUUCGACCUAUUGUGAAAUAUCGGCCUUUCGUUACCACAUAUCUCCGUACUUCCAUGAGUUCCAUGCUCCGUUUAGAGAAGUAUACUUCCAAUGACUUUCACCAUGCACACCUUGUGCCACGCUCAGUCCUGUUUCUGAUGUUGAUAUUUGAGAUUUGUUGAUUUGUCCAUUUGAUCCUCGAUCGUUGCGCAAGUCGAACGAGGACGAAGAUGUCGCAGAAGCCGGACGGAAGAGCGAACGUGCCGCAGAAGACGAGAGAGGAGAUCAAGGCGGAGCGCGAGGCGAAGAAGCUCGCCAAGGCAGCGGCCAAGGCAGGAAAAGCGAAAGCUAAGGUGGCAGUAGCAAUCAGCCCAGCUGCUACGGCCAAUUGCAAGAUACCGGAGACAAUUGCAAAAGACGUGAAUGUAAACGAGAAUCAUUGCGCCGCGGAAACGAAUAAAGAUGCGAGUGUCGAGUGUGCGACAACGAGCGGUGCUUCGACCGAGAAAAGCGAAUCAUUACCAAGUGAAAAGAAGAGUCACGUGGAAGAGUCGCGGGUCGGUCCGGAAGAGCCUGCUAAGGAAGUCGAGGAUCAUCGUCUAAACGGGCCUGCGGAGGUUGGCACGUCCGAAGGUAAAAGCGAUGAGAAACAAGGUAAGAGCAAGGCCGAAUUACGGGCGUUGAGAAGAGCCAAGCAAGAGGCUCAGAGAGCGGCGAAACUGCAGAAGGACAACGUCAAAGAACCAGCAGUCAACCCCGUCGUUGUCAAGCCAUGUGCAGAGACAGUGGUGUCCAAGUGUUCGGUAAAGAAAAACGUCGCAAAGAGUAAAACGAAGGAAAACGCACACAAACUUAAUUUAUUUAAACACCUGUACGACGAGAGAGAACUUUCGUCAUUUAACGUAGCUAUAAAUUCGAGUAUACAUCCGGCAAUAAUUAGACUAGGUGCUCAGUAUGCCAAUAAGAUUGUAGUCGGCAGCAAUGCGAGAUGCGUCGCGCUUCUGGCCGCGAUGAAACAAGUGAUUCGGGACUUCGUUAAACCAGCGCAGGCCGAUUUCGUUCGCGGUCUCGAAGCGCACUUGCAAGAAUCACUGGCGUACUUGCAUCAUUGCAGACCGCUGGCCGUUUCGAUGAAAAAUGCGGUGCGUCAUCUCAAGUGGCAGAUGACACGGUUCUCGUCUUUGUGGUCGGACGAACAAUCAAAGAGCAAACUGCAAGAUAUUAUAGACACAUAUAUUUCGGAGCAGAUUCAAUUGGCUGGCGAGGCGAUAUCCCAAAGAAUAGAAAGCAAAAUAUUGAAUGGAAAUGUUAUUUUAAUAUACGGCUUUUCGUCCUUAAUCUAUAAAAUAUUGGUGGAUGCGCACGAUGCGGGCAAACAGUUUUGCGUGAUUGUGGUAGAUAGCAGGCCGCGAUUAGAAGGAAAAGAACAGCUAAGACGUUUAGUAAAAUACGGACUCGAUUGCUCGUACGUGCUCAUUAAUGCUGUCAGCUUCGUUAUGCCAAAAGUAAGCAAAGUCUUUCUUGGCGCUCAUGCGAUAUUAGCUAACGGAGCGGUGAUGUCGAGAAUCGGUACCGCACAAAUUGCUCUGAUUGCGAAGGCUUUUAACGUUCCCGUUUUAGUGGCAUGCGAAACGCACAAAUCAUCCGAACGAGUACUGACCGAUUCUAUCGUUUGCAAUGAAUUAGAUAACGCAGACGAUCUCGCAAACGUUCGACCGCACAACAACAAGAAGUCCUUGUUAACGAAGUGGCGAGCAAAGAAGACGUUAAAUCUCUUGAACAUCACAUACGACGUGACUCCGGCCGAUUUCGUGACAGCUGUUGUCACAGAACUAGCAAUUUUGCCAUGUACCAGCGUCCCAGUGAUCUUGCGAAUUAAACCUUCUGAGAUUUAAAUUCGAUUGGUCACUUUCAAAACAUCAAUCUCGUACAUGGUGUUAUGUAAAAAAAAAAAAAGCAGUAAACUGUAUAGUAUACUGAAGUGAGCUAUUUUUUUACUAAAAAAAAACUAUAGAAAACGAAAUAAAAGGAAAUGGAGACGCGAAAAACUUUUGUUUUUUGUUUUUUUUUCUUCAGUGUAUCGUUGAAUAUGCUUAAGUUUGGUAGAACAGAGGAUUCAUUCAUCAAGGAAUCCUUGACAAAAAAAAUAUAGUUCACAUUUUAUUGUCUACGAAUUGAAAUACUCGCACUCUUCACUUCUGUAUACAGUAGAACAAUUAAUGAAAGAGCACUCUGAAAACUCUUUUGGAGCCUGUGUAUUGUUUGUACAUUGUGCUAUAUGAUAGUAGAAUAAAUUCAACUCGAACUUGUUGCAAUUGUAUAUAUGUAAUAAAUUUUGCUUUGAAGAGAGAAUACGAGAGCGAGGAAAAGAAACAAAAAGAAAGAAAGAGAGAGACACCAGUAGAAGUUUAUAAUAACUGUGUGAGUGAUGCGCCUUCACUGAUGUUUUUAUACACCUAUUCACCACGCAUAUAAGUUACUAUUUUUAAAUGCAUUAUUAAGAUUUUAUGUAUAUACGUGAUUGUAAGAAAAAUUAAAGAAAAAAGUUAUUGUUAUUAAUAAGAUUAGACUUGUGUACCUUUAUAUGAAGAAAAUGUAUUGCAUUGCAAAUUA